AUGAUAAGCUGUUUUAGAAGUUAUACUAGCAGAUGGUAAUAGAUAUUCUAAACUUCAACUUGGGAAAAUAAUCCAGACAAAUUAAGGUCUUUCUUAUAAACAAUAACAGCCUCUGGCGGUACAGGACCAGGAGAAUCUGUAGAAGUAGGAUUAUGGUGGGCUAACAAAUAAAAUGAUGAAGACCCAAUAAGCCAAGUAAUAGUUUUAGGGGAUUAACCUGCACAUCUAUAGAAUGAAGCUUAAGCUCAUAGAAAUUCAUUUGGAUAAACUUAUUGGGAUAGUACUCCACUAAAAGAAUUAACUUAUUAUGUUCCAGAGUGUUAAAAACUUAGCAGUAAAAAGAUUCCUGCGAAUACAUUUUAUCUCCAUCCAGGAGCAAAAAGUACAUAUGAAGAUAUUGCAAAAUUAACUAGCGGAAUUAGUGAAUAUCUAGAUAUAAAUUCAGCCUAAAGCUCCAAAAAAUUAACAAAUCUGUUUGUCGAAUCACUUUUAAAAGAUAUUGGAAAGCAAGAUGGUCGUAGCAACGAAUUAAUUGCAGCAUACAAAGCCAAGUUUUCUUGA